AUGCAGGACCUCAGACAGACCUCCAUUGGGUCCCCAUCUCUUCGGUGGUCAACGCCGCACACGACCACAGUGCCGACCAUUGGCGCUUUCAGCGAGCACAGGCGACUGGCACUCCAGCGAUGCCUGGGGGGGGUCCAGAGUCUCACCCCGCUUUGGGCGGAGUCUGGUACCUUGGAUGCGCCCUCCCGGUCCUUUGUGGCGGAGACGGCGUCCCAGCUCCGCCGUGGGGGGCCGGCCACCGCCGCAUGUGAGGAAGAUGCUGCACUGGUCAUGGCCUUCGGCGGCGGGGGUGGCGGCUAUCGCCAUGAGCACAACAGCUGGGCGAUCGGAGUGCUGCGCGAAGUGCCAGGUGGAGACACCACGAGUAUUUUGUGGGGACGACCUUCAGCGAAGGAGAAAGGUGUUUCCUCUGAGGGCAUCAGCCAAAGCUUGACGUCGCAUACUCCAACCCCACGCUGCGCGCAUACGGCCACCUACCUCCCCGAGAGGUUCACGCAGCUCGCCGAGGGCGCCGUGCUCCUGUUCGGCGGGCACACGGCGCACUGUACCGAAAGCCUGGCCACCGCGGAACUCCUCACUUUGCAGGACUGGCAGUGGCAGCCGCUGACCCUGCAGAAGAGUGACGCGCUGGGAGAGGACUGGGAGAUGAACCCACGGCAUGGGCACAGCAGCACCUUCUUCGAAGUGGAUGGCAAGGGCUAUGUGGUUGUUGUUGGAGGUGGCACCGGCAACAUUUUGGAGACUUGGGGUGUGCGAGACUUCUCCGACGUCUCAGUGCUGUGUGUGGAGACAUGGACGUGGAUUGGUCACUACCAGCUUCGGGGUGAAGACGUGCCGGGACGACACCACACGGCGUGUCGUGGUUUGGGAAACCAACUGCUCAUCUUCGGGGGCGGCCGGCGUCCCAGCAACCAGGUGUGCGUCCUGGACGCUGCGGCCUGCGUGCGCCGCGCGCUCGCCGGCGACGCCUUGGGUGCGGUGGAGCUGCGGCCCGUGCACCACGCGAGGCCAAGCUGA